UUGUUAGAAACAACUGUCGCAUCACACCAGCAUGCGGCGGCCGAUGCAUGAGAAACUUGAGGGGAUUUUAAAGAUUGUCGUUUGCAUACUCCGAUUACGAAGCAUGACACCACAUCGUUACAAUAUAUGAAUGAUAUUAUAUAAGGACAGAUGAACAAAAUUGGACAACAGACCAUCGAGCAGAAUUUGAUCCCAUUCAACAGGAAGAACCAUUCACAAUAAGCAGACCUUCUCAUGUCGAGCCACAUAAAGAACGUUCUCAUCCUCGGAGCAUCCGGCUCGGUCGGCGCACCCAUCCUCAACGCACUCCUCACCGAACCCUCCUUCAACGUCACCAUCGUCAGCCGCGCAUCAUCAUCAGCCUCUUUCCCGUCCGAUAUCCCAGUCAUCAAGAUCUCGGACGCCUUCACAACCGAAGAACUUACCGAAGCUUUCAGGGGACAGGAGGCAGUCGUAGUUGCACUUACCACUGGCUCUGUUAUCUCAGGCAAAAAGGAUGGUCUAGCGUUUCGACUCAUCGACGCUGCGCUCGCAGCAGACGUAAGACGCUUCAUCCCUAGCGAGUUUGGCGCGAACAACCUCGACCCCCGGGCUCGUGCACUUGUCCCUACCUACGACCGCAAGGGCGAGAUGUUGGAGUAUCUUAUGAAGGCAUGCGAAAACAGCCAAGGCAAGCUGACGUGGAGCAGCAUCUGUUGCGGAAGUUGGCUAGACUGGGCACUCGAUCCUGCAAAGUCCGGCAACUUCCUCAGUAUCGAUGUGAAAGGGAGGAAGGCAACAGUAUACGACUCUGGGACGAGGCGCUUCGCUAUCACAAGCAGCAAGAAUACAGGGCUGGCAGUUGCGAAAGCUUUACUUGACCCAGCCAUGACAGCGAACAAGCAGAUAUUCUUGUGUGACUUUUCGGCUAGCACGAGACAGAUUGUAAGCGCGCUAGAAGCGGAGACGAAGACCAGAUUUCUUGUUGAGGAGAAGCAGAGUAGUCCGGAUAUCAAAAGGUUUCGAGAUCAGUUCGAUGCUGGAGACCUGAGUGCAACAUUUCCUUUGCUAGCUAUCAGUUUCGGUGCUGACGUGGAUGUCGGGUAUGACUUCGAGGCUGAGCAAGAGGUAUGGAACAGGAAGCUGGAUCUACCCAAGGUGACUCUUGAGGAAAUAGUUCACGACGCUGUAGAGUUAGCGGCACGCUCUUAGGACGUUAGACACAUGAUGGCCUUGGUAGCUGUGCUAAAUUAACCAUUUUCGAGCACACGCUCGUUGCAGCCCUAUGAGGACUUGGAACAUUCAUGCAAAGGUAAUUGGAAAGAGGGUAACUUGGUCUCGUUUUCACA